AUGCAGACCCCCCCUCCAAGUCCGGAUGCUCUCCUGCCCAAGGAUGCACCUACGGGCCAACGUUUGAUUGUGGUAUCCAACAGAUUACCCGUCACCAUCGAGAGAGAUGGAGAUGGGAAUCACAGCUUCAAAGAAUCUUCCGGGGGCCUCGUCACAGGUAUGAGUGGAGUCGAAGGGGAAUUUGAAAAUAUGCUCUGGUACGGCUGGCCUGGCAUGCAAAUACCUUUGGACGAGGAAAAACCCAUCACCCAAGCCUUACGGGAGAAACACAAUGCUGUCCCAGUUCCGCUUGAUGAAAGUCUGGCUGAAGCCUAUUACAAUGGGUUUUCAAACUCCACCCUCUGGCCUUUACUCCACUAUCAAUCCAACGCAAUCCGAUUUUGUCAAGGCGAGUGGAAAGCUUACCAUAAAGUCAAUCAACUUUUUGCGGAGAAACUCGCCACCGAAGUCACAGACGGGGAUCUUGUAUGGAUCCACGACUACCACCUCAUGCUCUUGCCUCUGAUGCUUUCCGAAGCAGCCAUGAAGCUAAGUAAAAGGGUCUCGAUUGGCUUCUUCCUGCAUACCCCCUUCCCUAGUGGAGACAUGUUCAAGACACUUCCAGUGUGGGACAUGAUCCUCGAAGGAGUCCUGCGCUGCAAGACGAUCGGCUUCCACACGCAGACGUACGCCCAAAACUUUGCUCGGACCUGCUGUGACUAUCUGAACUUUGACGAGUCUCCCAAUGGCAUCGAAAGAUACGGGAAUUUCGUCAACCUCGGAGUCCAUCCAAUCGGGAUCAACGUGCCCAAAUUCCUCGGGCACAUGGAAUGCGAGUCGAUCAAGGGACAAAUAAGAGACCUCCGAAGGAGAUACAACGUCUGCAAGUUGAUCAUCGGCGUCGACCGGCUGGACUACACAAAAGGCAUCCCGCAGAAGAUCGCUGCGAUGGAGCGUUUCUUGGACGUCCAUACCCAGUUCGUCGGACAAAUCAGUAUGAUCCAGGUUGCCGUCCCGAGCAGGCAAAGCGUCCAAGAUUACAAGGAUCUCGCGACCAAGAUUCACCAGCAAGUCGAGGCCUUGAACAGGAAAUACGGAUCUAAUGACUACAAACCCGUUCACCUCUUACAUCAAAGCGUGCCAUUUGACCAGCUCAUGACCAUGUACGCCGCCUCGGACAUCUGUUUUGUCUCGUCCAUCCGCGACGGGAUGAAUCUCGUCUCUUACGAGUACGUUGCCACCCAAAGGGAGAGGAAGGGUGUGCUCCUGCUCUCCGAGUUUGCCGGCGCCGCCGAGCAGUUGCGUGGAAGCGUCCUGUUCAACCCCUGGGACAUUGACGGCACCGUGGAGGCCUUGCAUCGCGCCGUUACCAUGGAAGCGAACGAACGGAGUGCCAACCAGAAGAGAUCCGAGGAAUACGUCCUUCGGAAUUCAAGGUAA